AGUCGCUGAAAGGUGGGGCCGGGGACGGGAUGGCCCACUGUCAGUGUCACGUGCGGGACGGUGGGUCACUGGGGUGGAGGCGGGGGAUGGCUAAUCGUGUAGUUAAACCGGAAUUUGGUGGUGCGUGUUGCUGUCAGGCGAGCGCGGCGGAGGAGCUUGGAGGGGCUGGAGCUGGAGCGUUGAGAUUGAGCUCGAGCUCGAGCUUGCUAAUGGCGGAGAGCGACGGCGGGGAGGCUAGCCCGAGCGGCUGUCCGGGGGGCGGCGGCGGCGGUGGCGGGGAGGGGAGCACCGAUCCCCCGCGGACCCCGCCUCGGCCGCAGCUCACCAAGUCGCGCACCAUCUCCGGCUCCGCCGCGUCCGCGUUCGACAGGGGUGGUGGGGCGAGGGACAGCGGCGGCGGCGGCAGCAUACUCGUCCGCCGCUCCUCCACGGCACCGCUCCCGCCGGCCGCGGCGGCGCCACGGGGGCUGCUCACCGUGGCCGUGGACGAGCCCUCCUACGCGGCGCCCAACGGCGGCGCGAUGCUCGACCGCGACUGGUGCUACCCGUCGUUCCUCGGGCCGCACGCCUCCCGCCCGCGGCCGCCGCGGUCGCAGCAGCAGCAGACGCCGACGGCUGCUGCCGACCGCCGGAACCCUACCCCCGCCGCGCCGCCGCAGGCGGUCUCGAUCCCGCAGCGGGAGGAGGAGAAGAGCCUGGCUUCCGUGGUGAAGCGGCCAGUGCUACUGGAUGAGAGGAGGCCACUCUCGCCUCCUCCGCCGCCGCAGCGCGCCCCGCGAUUUGAUCUCUCCCCGUAUCUCGUACCAAUGCUGGUUGUAACCGUCACAAGCUUUUCCCUGGCUAUAUGGCAGUGGAUGAAAGUUACAGUGCUCCAGGAAAAAGUCAGAUCAUGCUGUGGUGCUAAUAGUGUUGACUGUAAGACCGCUGCAGAGACGUUCAGGAGUAACAGAGAGCAUGGUUCUGAUUUUAUCGACUCGGUGGACUGGAAUUUAGCUUCCUGUAGCAGAAUGCUUGUUUUUGCAAUACCGGUAGUCCUGGUAAGAUACAUUGAUCAGCUUCGACGAAGGAAUGCAAAUUCUGUCAGGGGAAGAAGCACUGAGGAGGAAGUUCCUCUGAAGAAGAGGAUUGCCUAUAAGGUUGAUGUGUUCUUCUCAGGACACCCGUAUGCAAAGCUUCUCGCGCUCCUGUUAGCCACAAUCGUUCUCAUUGCUUCUGGCGGGAUUGCGCUGUAUGUUGUCAGUGGGAGUGGAUUCCUGGAGGCUCUUUGGCUUUCUUGGACUUUUGUGGCAGAUUCAGGAAAUCAUGCCGAUCAGGUUGGCCUGGGGCCAAGGAUUGUGUCUGUGUCAAUUAGCUCUGGGGGUAUGCUGGUUUUUGCAACGAUGCUCGGGCUUGUGUCAGAUGCAAUAUCAGAGAAGGUAGAUUCUUGGCGCAAGGGAAAAAGUGAGGUGAUAGAGGUCAACCAUAUACUAAUCCUUGGAUGGAGUGACAAGCUGGGCUCUCUCCUGAAGCAGCUAGCUAUAGCAAACAAGAGUAUUGGUGGUGGUGUCGUUGUUGUUCUGGCAGAAAGAGACAAAGAAGAGAUGGAGAUGGACAUAGGAAAACUAGAAUUUGACUUUAUGGGAACAUCUGUAAUAUGUAGAAGUGGCAGUCCUCUAAUUCUAGCUGAUCUGAAGAAGGUUUCUGUUUCUAAAGCACGUGCAAUCAUUGUUUUAGCAUCUGAUGAAAAUGCAGACCAAAGUGAUGCACGAGCUUUACGUGUGGUACUAAGCCUGACUGGAGUGAAAGAGGGUUUAAGGGGACAUGUUGUUGUAGAGAUGAGUGAUCUUGACAACGAGCCUUUGGUGAAACUGGUUGGAGGUGAACUAAUUGAAACAGUUGUUGCCCAUGACGUGAUUGGACGCUUGAUGAUACAAUGUGCACUCCAACCAGGCCUGGCACAGAUAUGGGAGGAUAUUUUGGGGUUUGAAAAUGCAGAGUUCUAUAUUAAAAGGUGGCCAGAAUUAGAUGGCAUGCGAUUUGGGGAUGUCUUAAUCUCGUUUCCUGAUGCUGUUCCCUGUGGAGUCAAGAUUGCUUCAAAAGCUGGAAAGAUCUUAAUGAAUCCUGAUGACAAUUAUGUUUUGCAAGAAGGUGAUGAGGUCCUUGUCAUAGCAGAAGAUGAUGAUACUUAUGCUCCUGCCCCUCUACCCCAGGUGCGUAAGGGCUUUCUACCUAAUAUCCCGACCCCUCCUAAAUACCCAGAGAAAAUUUUGUUCUGUGGUUGGCGACGUGACAUCCAUGAUAUGAUAAUGGUUCUAGAAGCAUUUCUUGCUCCUGGUUCUGAAUUAUGGAUGUUCAAUGAGGUGCCAGAGAAGGAGAGGGAGAGAAAGCUGACUGACGGUGGUAUGGAUAUUUAUGGACUGACAAACAUCAAACUUGUACAUAAAGAAGGGAAUGCUGUCAUCAGGCGGCACUUAGAAAGUUUGCCUCUGGAGACCUUUGAUUCUAUUUUAAUUCUUGCAGACGAGUCAGUGGAAGAUUCCAUUGUACAUUCUGAUUCACGUUCUUUAGCUACACUUCUUCUAAUUCGUGACAUUCAGUCUAAACGUCUUCCAUCAAAGGAACUAAAAUCGCCUCUCCGUUACAACGGGUUCUGUCACAGCUCCUGGAUUCGGGAGAUGCAGCAUGCAUCGGACAAAUCCAUAAUCAUCAGCGAAAUUCUGGAUUCCAGAACCAGAAAUCUUGUAUCUGUCUCCAAAAUCAGCGACUACGUUCUAUCAAAUGAACUUGUCAGCAUGGCAUUAGCAAUGGUGGCAGAGGACAAGCAAAUCAACAGAGUACUUGAAGAACUUUUUGCCGAGGAGGGCAACGAGAUGUGCAUACGUUCUGCUGAGUUUUACCUUUAUGAGCAAGAGGAAUUGAGUUUCUUUGAUAUAAUGGUCAAGGCUCGUGAAAGAGACGAGAUUGUCAUUGGCUACCGACUUGCUAACACUGACCAGGCAAUUAUUAAUCCAGAACAGAAGUCUGAGACUAGGAAGUGGUCACUAGACGAUGUUUUUGUUGUGAUCGCAAAAGGUGACUAAUUUUACAGUAGCACCUCACUUCUUUUUGAGUUAGUACAUAUAUAUUCUAACACUAGUGCUAACCCACGAUAACUGAAAUGCUAACCGAUGCUAACUGGGCAAACACACAUCAAAGUACAGUUCUGAUCUCAUUUGUAUUGGGUUUUCUUCCCUGUACAUGUUGAUUUGCCAUCUCCAUAGCAUUUAGUUGAUCAUAACAUAAAUAAUUACAUCCGCAUAUGGAACUUUUGUUACUGAUAGACAUUACAAAUUUUCAAUGGGUCGAUUCAGCAGAGAUAAAUUUGUAACUACUGUUUCAUUUUGACGAGCAUGCUAAUCGUUGAAAUUCAUGCU